AUGCGCUCAAUGGUUCCUAUUGCCCCAGCCAUUGUUGGGCUAUUAUUACCCUCGGCUAUAUCCUUUACUAUUCCUUCCCCGCAACAAGUCCUCCACUCCUUGGCCGAACAGGACAACAAUCUCUGCCCUCUGCCCUCAAAGAUAACGCCACCGGAUGAUGGUUUAACUUCGCCACUCAAAUACCUCCAAGAUGAUAGUCUUCGAACACGCCAGGCCGACCGACUCUCCAGAGCCGUCCAGGUGCCAACUACAGUCAACGAUUUUAUGACAGAUCCCUACGACGAAGGAUUCGCUCCAUUUAUCGAGUUCCAGCAACUUCUCCGGUCCCUUUUCCCGCUCACCCACUCCCACGCCCGCGUAGACCACAUCAACAGACUCGGUUUGGUUUUCACGCUCAAUGGCACCAACACCUCCCUCAAGCCGUUGCUGUUCAUGGCCCAUCAGGACGUCGUGCCCAUUAACGACCCCUCCGACUGGACCCACCCUCCAUUCGCUGGCCAUUUUGACGGCGAAUGGCUCUGGGGUCGUGGUGCCAGCGACUGCAAGAAUGUCCUAAUUGGUCUCCUAUCCGUUAUCGAGGACCUGCUUAGUCAAGACUGGCUACCAGCUCGCAGCGUGGUUCUCGCCUUCGGCUUUGACGAGGAAUCUCACGGCUUCCUAGGAGCCGGAUCCAUCUCUCAGUUCUUGGAAGAGAAAUACGGCCCCGACAGCUUUGAGUUCAUCCUCGAUGAAGGUGGUAUGGGACUCGAAGUCGUCGGAGGUGACGGUGUCAAUGACGGCGUGGUUUACGCCCUCCCUGGUGUCGGCGAGAAAGGGGCCCUUGACAUCGUGCUCAACCUCGACGUCACCGGCGGCCACAGUUCCGUCCCACCUCCGCACACUGGUAUCGGAAUAAUGUCAGAGAUCAUCUACGAGCUGGAGCGACAGGAUCUUUUCAUCCCUGUGCUGCAUGAUGGCCACCCCUCCCGCAAAAUGCUCGAGUGUCAGGUCCGCCAUUCCCCGGACAACGUUGAACCUUGGCUCGCUUCCGCCCUCCAGUCCUCCGACCACGUUUCUCUCGCGGCGAAAGUAGCCGCCUCACGCGGUGAGAAGGUCCGCUUCACACUGCAAACCUCCCAGGCAGCAGACGUCUUCGUUGGUGGUGUUAAAUCCAAUGCUCUGCCCGAGAAGAUCUCCGCCAUCGUCAACUACCGCGUCGCUCUGCACCAAACCCCAAAGGCCGUGAUAGAUCGUGCUGUCCGCAUCAUCGGUCCCAUUGUCGAGAAACAUAAUCUGACCUGGACCGCCUUCCCCACUACUGGGGAAUACGAGAAAGCUUCUCCUAAUCACCUUACAGUGACCCUGUUGAAUGAACCUCUUAACCCGGCCCCUGUCAGCCCGACAGAUAUUGACACCGACGCUGUCUGGGCACGUUUUGCCGGUGUGACACGAUCUGUCUUCGAGUCGGUCCCUAGUUUGAAGGGUAAAAAAGUUGUCGUUAGUGGAGAUAUCAUGACCGGCAACACGGAUACUAGAUUCUACUGGAAUCUGACUCGCAAUAUUUACCGCUGGAGCCCAUCGCGUGUCGGUGGUACGUACAAUAUUCAUACGGUCGAUGAGAGGAUCAGCAUCGACGUGCACUUGGAAGCCAUGGCGUUGUACUAUGAUCUUAUCCGUGCCUUUGAUGUUGCCUAUGCUCGCACCGAAGUUGCCCGUGACUUAUGA